AUGGGUGGUAAGGUUGACUCAACGGUUAAUAGAGGUAAUGCUCCUUUUUGCUUUAGAAUUAGUGGAGAAAAUUACCAUACAAUUGGAGGUCUUAUGCCAAACAACGUAGCGCAACCAAAAUUUUGCCAACUAUACAUAUACGAUACUGAGAACGAACUUUCAAACAGGCAACCGAUAUUUAGUCGUUCAGAGGAUGCAUCGUCUUCUUAUUUUGCUACUCUUGAUCGUAAGUUAAUAGAACAUAUAAAAGAUGUAUUAGAUAACGACAAUGAGUUGGUCAAAACUUACAGAAGAGCUAGGGAUUCUCUUCAAGACAGCCCUUAUGUAAAUUUGAAGCUUUGCCUAAUCGGAACAAGAGAAAAAGAUGGUCGGACGUAUAACUUACCAACGGCGGGUGAGAUUGCCGCUCUCAUCGUUGGAGAUAUUGAAAAUGUAAUUGACAAUAGAGAUAUUGUUGUUGAGACUCAAACUGGUACACUGAAGAGAAUUAGUGAGUUGCACCCGUCAUAUCUCGCACUACAGUAUCCGAUUUUGUUUCCGUACGGAGACGAUGGCUACAGAAUUGAUAUCCCUCACAGAGGUGUCAUUGAUGUUGUUAAUAAGAAACGUCCAAAUUGUACUAUGAGAGAGUUCUUUGCUUAUCGUAUGCAGGAUCGGAGAAAUCAGUUUUCGUUAAUCUUGAAUUCUAAGAGGCUAUUCCAACAGUUCUUGGUUGAUGCUUAUACUAUGAUAGAGAGCGAGAGACUUAGCUAUAUACGAUAUCAACAGAAAGAUCUUAGGUCUGACACAUAUGAAAGCCUCCGUAAAUUAAAAACACACGGUCAAGAUGAUAUAUCUAAGGCUGGAAAACGUAUCUUCUUGCCAUCUUCCUUUACUGGUGGAGCACGAUAUAUGAUGCAAAACUAUUUAGACGCUAUGGCUCUGUGUAAAUGCUUUGGUUAUCCGGAUUUUUUUAUAACCAUAACAUGCAAUCCCAAAUGGCCAGAAGUUCAACGCUUUCUCAAAGACACCAAUCUCAGUCCGGAAGAUAGGCCUGAUAUCCUUUCCAGAUUGUUCAAAAUUAAGCUUGAUUCAAUUUGCAAAGAUUUAAAAAAGAAUCAUCUAUUUGGUAAAGCUUCAGCAGUUGUUUAUACAAUCGAGUUUCAAAAACGUGGUUUGCCUCAUGCCCAUUUAUGCUUAUUCAUGGAGCCUGAAUCGAAAUUACCUACAGUGGACCAUGUUGAUGCAUUUAUAUGCGCAGAAAUACCAGACAGAAAUCAAGAUCCAGAAUUAUUCAUGCUUGUGAAAGAAUAUAUGAUACACGGUCCAUGUGGUAAUGCUAGGUUGAGCUCUCCAUGUAUGGUUGAUAGGAAGUGUUCAAAAGGCUUUCCCAAAGACUUUCAAGAUCAUACUACACUAGAUUCAAACGGGUUUCCAUUAUACAGAAGGAGAAACAAUGGCGCUUUUGUUGUGAAAAAUAAAAUUGACCUUGAUAACAGAAGUUUGGUACCGUGCAACAAAAAAUUAUUGAAAAGGUAUCAAGCUCAUAUAAAUGUUGAACGGUGCAAUCAGGCCGCUUCGAUAAAGUAUCUGUUUAAAUACAUUAAUAAAGGGCCUGAUAGAGCCACUAUAGCUGUUGUGCAAAGCGAUAAUCAAUCUGAAGAACAAGUACAAGACGAGAUAAAAGAGUAUUACGAUUGUCGGUAUAUAUCAGCUUGCGAAGCAUCUUGGAGGAUAUUUGCCAAUGAAGUACAUUACAGAAGACCUUCUGUUAUGAGGCUUCCGUUCCAUCUACCUGGCCAACAACCUGUUGUUUUCGGUCCUGACGAGGAUAUUACCUAUGUUCUAAACAAACCAUCGGUUAAAUCUUCAAUGUUUCUCUCAUGGAUGGAACGUAAUAAAGACCCAAAUGACACGUUGGCCCGUACACUUACAUAUGUUCAGUUCCCCAAUUUUUAUGUUUGGAAGCUUGAUAAGCGAGUCUGGGAACCUAGACAAAGGAAAACAGCAAUUGGCAGGAUUCAUUCCGUCCCUCCGUCACUAGUUAAUGGUCAUGUUUACGAUACAUAUAGAGAUGCUUGCUACGCGCUCGGUCUUUUGGAUGACGACUCCGAGUAUGUGGAGGCAAUAAAGGAAGCAAGUUUAUCAGGAAGCGCUUCAUAUAUUCGUAAUUUAUUUUGUACCAUGCUGUUAUCCAGUAGUCUUUCUAGACCUGAGGUUGUUUGGGAAAGUUCAUGGAAAUACAUGACAGACGAUUUUUUAUAUAGACUUCAGAAAUACCAUCGAGUUACAGCGUUAUCAAUUCCGGAGCACCAACUGAAAAACUAUGCUUUGUGCGAGAUUGAGAAGUUUUUACUGCGAAAUAAUUCAUCCUUGCGAAGAUUUCAAACAAUGCCAUUUCCAGAUAUGUGGUCUUCAGGUAGUUCAGAUAGUCGUUUGUUAUACGAGGAGCGGGCCUAUGAUAUAACACAUCUAGGAAAUCUUUACGAUAGUCAGUUGACAAUGUUAACUGAUGAACAACGCUUUGUGUUUGAAGAAAUUAUGGCAGCUGUUAACGGUAAAACAUUUCUAUGGAAGACAUUGUCCGCUGCAAUUAGAUCAAAAGGUCAAAUCGUCUUAAAUGUUGCUUCAAGUGGAAUUGCAUCGUUGUUGUUAGAUGGUGGCAGGACUGCACAUUCCAGGUUUAACAUACCUUUGAAUCUUACUGAAGACUCUGUAUGUAAUAUAAAACCAGAAAGUGACGUGUCUAAAUUACUGCAUGAGACGAAAUUAAUAAUUUGGGAUGAAGCACCUUUGGUACACAAACAUGCAUUCGAAGCGCUGGAUAGAACAAUGAAUGACGUUUUCAACAUCGACCCAUCUCUCAAUUCAGACAUCCGGUUUGGAGGUAAGGUAAUUGUUUUUGGUGGCGAUUUUAGACAAAUAUUACCUGUCGUUCCAAACGGUGGAAGACAAGAGAUUGUUAGUGCCUCCUUAUGUUCGUCUUACUUGUGGAGUAAAUGUAAAUUGCUAAGAUUAACAAGAAACAUAAGGUUAACCGUUGGAAGGUCGACGGUAGAUAUUGAAGAAAUAAACAGUUUUGCCAAAUGGCUUUUGGAUUUGGGUGAGGGUAAUGUUGGUGGUCCAAAUGAUGGGAAAGCAACUAUUCAAAUACCACAAGAUCUUCUGAUUACUGAUGAAUCUGACCCAAUUGCAAGUUUAAUUGAUUUUGUUUAUCCAUCAAUCUUGCAAAACAUCAACAACCAUAAUUAUUUCAGUGAGCGCGCUAUACUUGCACCGAAGAAUGAUGUUGUGCAUGAGAUUAAUGACAGGUUGCUAUCAAUGUUUCCUGGUGAAGAAAGAGAGUAUCUUAGCUCUGACAGUCUUUGUCCGACCGAAGAUGUAAAUGCUACACAACAAAGAAUAUACUCUCCGGAUGUGCUCAAUGGUCUUAAAAUAUCAGGCUUACCAAAUCAUAGGUUGGUGCUAAAAGUUGGUGUUCCAGUAAUGUUAUUACGAAAUAUUGACCAACGGAAUGGUUUGUGCAACGCUACAAGGCUACAAGUAAAAAAGUUGUACAACCGUGUAAUAGAAGCCGAGAUAAUAUCUGGUGCAAAUAUUGGUACUUCUACAUAUAUACCUCGAAUUAAUUUGAUUCCUUCUGAUAAAAAGAUUCCUUUUGCUUUUCAAAGGAGGCAAUUUCCACUUUCCGUAUGUUUUGCAAUGACAAUAAACAAAAGUCAAGGCCAGUCGCUUUCGAGAGUUGGUUUGUACCUGAAACAACCCGUCUUCUCUCAUGGUCAAUUGUAUGUUGCUUUGUCAAGGGUGAAAAAAAGAGAUGGGGUCAAACUACUCAUACUUGACAACAAUGGAAAACCGAAGAUAAAACAAGUAAUGUUGUUUAUAAAGAGAUUUUCAACGAAUUGUAAUUGCUAA